GAGAGAGAGAGAGGAAGCGAACCCCAUCUAGGGCUGCUGCAUCUUGAAACCUUAUUAUGAUAUUUAUAUAUAGGGACAAUCAUUUCUUAUGAAGUGAUUCUAGCAACCCCAUCUCUCUCUGUAUCUGUCUCUCUCUCGCCAUCAUCAUCGGACCAUCAUCAUGUGGGCAGAGCAGAGUAGGAGUUGGUCAUUUCUAAUCACCAUUUUCCUAGUAAUGAGCUUGGUUCCUGCAACAAGCGGGCCUUCUACCCUUGUUUCUCCAGGCCAUGGUGCUCUACUCGCUUCUGAGCAAGGAUGGAAAUCAACAAAACAGGUGGAUGGGAAGAAGAUGGAAGGGAGAGUUGCAAGGGUGGAAGAAGAAGCAAAGAAAGUGAUGAGCAAGCUGGGAUCAAGACCACCAAGCUGUGAUCAUAAAUGUGGGGAGUGUAAUCCAUGUGAAGCCAUACAAGUGCCUACAACCACUGAUCAUGUAACACUUCACUAUGCCAACUACGAGCCUGAGGGCUGGAAAUGCAAGUGUGGUUCCUCUUUCUUCAAUCCUUGAUUAUCUUGUAUAAAUACAUAAACAGAGAUUGAGCUGUUCCUACCAUUUUCAUAUCUUUAUAUAUAAUCAUUAUCAUC